CCACUGAACCAGUCGAGCCGCGCAGUCUGUUGGGGUUGGUGACUUGGUGUCAACACCAAAUUGGUGUCUGUCAGACGGUGUUCAGAAAGAUACUGGGGCAUUUAUGGCUGGACGAAUUUAGCAGUAGCACUCAAAGUGAGUGGCCACAUAUCUACCGAGGGCCUACACUCUCAUUUCAAGUGGUGCCAGGAAUGUGACAGGAGCUGUUGUGUUGUCAUUUGUCGGCGGCGGAGGCGGGAUGAGGCGGCGACGGGCGGUUGUGGGAGCAGGGGCGGGUGUGAGGCCGGGGGCGGACGCAGCUGUGGGGCGGCUGCUUUGGGUGCUGGUGAUGGUGAUAGUGAUUUGUGCCCAGGGCGCCAACACUGCCGAGCCGCAUUCGUCCACAACUACCACCGCCCUACCUACCACCACUGAAGAGGACAUGACCGGUCGAGGCAGCAAGAAGUUCGGAGACAAGUGCGGUGACACGAUGGAGUGCGGCUUCCGAGGCUCAGUGUGUGACCCCAACAAGCACUCCUGUCAGUGUAGACCCGAGCUUACCGCCACCAAUCACAUCGACAAGUGCGGAGAAGAGGUGAGCAUCAACGGCUCGUGUUUCUUCAACGAGCAGUGUGAAAACAAGGUGCCUCAGACCGAAUGCAAAGAUGGCAGAUGCAUGUGUCGUUUCGAAAUGACGCCCACCUAUAAAGACAACAAGGUCGAGUGUGCAUCAACUUAUGUGCCCCCGAAGACCGAGCAAUACGUUGACCCAGCCAUGAUCGGAGUCCUGGUGGGGAUGGCUCUCAUGUUCAUAAUCAUCUGCGUAGUCCUGCGACUCUUCAGCAAGGCCCGCUGGAGGGAGAACCGCACGAUCUUCAACACGCCGAACCCGCGCCUAAUGAACGUGUCGCUUCUGCGCGACACGAAGCAGGCGGCAGGCCACGAGCGGCGCGGAAGUCGCGGAAGCAACCGCGCGCCCUCAAGACAGCCCAGUAUGGCCUCCCUCAGGCCCCAGUCUCCUUCUGCCGCUUCCCAAGGUUCAAGAGCUUCACUGCGCGGUUCUCGAGGCUCACAGAACAGCCAGGGUUCUGCUACCACACGCUCACCUACUGGAGCCGCAGCUGCGGCACCGCAACCGCAGCCGCAACCGGCCGCAGCCGCAGGCGACCCAGAAGUGGUGACGCAGCGAGAGGAACCCAGUGCUUAGCCUUUGCAGGCGUGGACGUAGCAUACUUCCGCCCAUACAGACAUAACCUCGAAAUUUUGCGCGCGAAAUUCAAACCAAGCUGUGGCAUAGUCUACCAAUGGAUGAUGAGGAAAGGAACACAUCAUCUUUCGAUAGUGGAAGAGAUUUCAACCGUGAGUCAGAAUGCAUGAUGACAUCAACUGUUGGAGGACGAAAUCGGAGAAUAAUUUUUGAAAAAAAGUUUGGUUUGGAUGCGAGGGAUGCUGGCUAAAGUGGGACUGCAGUCUGUUACGCCAAAGCUUUUCGCGAACUUUUUCCACAAAAACUGUGAUUCAAUAAGAAACUUCUUCAUUAUUGUUACAACUGCGGCUGCGCUGUGUGGUGAAACACUCGAACUACUUUUGAACACUUAUCAAGCCACAAUUAUCUUUCAUACUUCACAUAUAGGAUACAUAAAUUAUUAUGUAUCUAUAUUCAUAAUAUAUCAGCUUAUCACGUCUUAACUUUUCAUCUUCGGGACCAGCCUUGUAAUAAAUUGUUUAUUUUGGAAUUCACAGCAUUUCUAGCGAGUUUACUUAUACAUUUAAUGAGAAAUUACAACAUUAUUUACAGAAGAAUUUUGUAUUUUCAUGUUUACAAACGAUUCAACGAUCUGAAAAAUGUGUUUUUAAUAGAUUCAAGAUGCAAGAUUCAAGAUUUCUUUAUUGCGGAAAACCUACUACUUUGUCAAUAUUUUGAACAAUUCUGCCUCUUUUUGUAACCUAUUUCAGACUAUGUGUAACCUAACCUAAUCUGAAUAUAGGAGAGGUAUAGCACAAGGUUACGGUACCUUAUUUUAUUCUCUCCCUAUCAUUUUAAUGAUGUUCUUAUUGUAUGAAUCAAUACAAAGAAUCAAUCAAAGAAUAAUUUUAUUCUCAUUUAUCAUUAAUUGAACAAUCAAAUAAUCUCCAAUCUUAUUUCAUAGUUUGUUUUUCUUGUUGGAGUGUUAAUAUUUUGUGCAUUAGUCUACUUGCUUUAAUUUAUUGAUUUUUCAAAAAUUUACAACUGAGAACUACAAUCUGUUUGUAUAGAUUGUGAACAUUGACAAAAUUGUGACCCAUUUUGCUUGGAUACAAUUCCAACUUGUUUUAAACGAAAAAUUAUUGCAAAUAUUCAACAAGAAGGAAGAGAAUGGAAAGUGAUUAUGAUGUUAAUGUACUAGGUUUUCUUUUAAUAAUUUUAUAACUUUCAAAAAAUGACUGUGGUUAUGUUUUUGAAGACUACAUAGAACAUCUUUUGAGCAGUUUUAUGUAAUUUUAUAACCUUAUAUUCAAAUUUAUUUAAAGGUUUUAAGUUACUUAUUCUGUUUCCCGUACAGAUUACCUCCUAUUGAAAUUUCUUGACUUUAAUCUGAUUAGAAUUGAUAGUGGAUUAAAUAUUAAUGAUAACAAUAAAGAUUAUAGACAUACUUGCUAGAUUUAUGCAUUGCUUUCACCUGGAAAUGGUAAAGAAGCUAGAGAUAAUUAGAAUUUUAAUCAUAGAUUAACUUUAAAAUGAAAUGCUUAUUUUCUUGUCUCCUAAAGCACCUAAGAAUUUACUUCUCAUGUUGUUGUUUUAUUACCUAAUAGCUUUGUAGUAUUAUUUAUCCAUUUCAACUAGUUAGUUUCAACUAGUUAAUUUCAACUAGUUAAUUUCAACAAGUUAAUUUCAACUAGUUAGUCUGAACUAGUCAAUUUCAACUAGUUGUGUUUUAUAUAACUUUCUUGAUAACUGCAAAGUAGAAGACUACUUCAAUGUGAUUUAAAAAUCAAUUACUGUGUAAAGAGUACAAUGGCUUGAUGAUCAGAAUAUAUAGUACGAUAAUUUACUAGCAUGUAAAUGAAGGAUAGCUUCAUAGUAUGGGGUGAAUAGCAGUUAGUUACAAUAGUUAUUGUAGCUUAGCUUAGUAGAAUGGAAGAUAUCCCUUCAGCUUUAUGAGCUAUUCUAGUUGUAUUCAUUUAAAUUGAAAUUAUUUUAAACCUCCUUGAAGCACCUUGUGAAUACCGGAAAGAUGGUGACAAAUCUGAACUAAAGUGCAAGAAAGAUGACAGAGAAGUUACAGAUCUGUGUAAAAUAUUGAGUUUUGUACUCACAGAACCUGUGAAAUCAUUUUCGUAAAUCUAUUUUUCUCGUGGAAAUAUGUAGUAUGAAACUCUUAUACGGACUAUCCUAUUUGUAAAGUGAUUAUUGUUUAGUGCCUCUUAUAUGUUAUAAAGUUUUAUCUUUAAACAAAGUAUAUAUAUAAAUAUGGGAAUUAAUUGUAGUAUAGGUAUUCAUUAAAAUUAAACCUCUUAGCCCCUUACCAAACUUUACUUAUAAUUAUAAACUUAGAUUCAUAGGAGAGUUUAGCAAUUAUAGCAUCGAAUUUAUGAAAAAUAUAAUUAUAUAAAUCUAUAAUAUAUAGAAUUGUAUUCUUUACUCUUUUACAUAAAUAAAUAAUGUAAUAUUAUAACAAUCACUCUUGUCCAAUAAGCACUCCAAAGACUCUGUAUUUGAAUACAUUUUGAAAGUGAUAAGAUGUACCUACUUUAAGUAGUAGUUAUAAAUAUUUAAUCUUUAAAUUAACAUAGGACCUUGACUAGAUUAUUUUAUGAGAUUUAUUAAUAUAAGAUAAGAGAUUUCUUAGAAUAAUUGAAUAAGUUAGAGGAUAAACCUAGUUUGUAAGUAAAUGACUCUAAAUAGUUGUUAUUUUCACGAAGUUGUUGAAUUUUCUCUGGUAUUUUGUUUCUUCUCAAUUUGUUUACUGUAUACUAUUUUGCAAAAAUGUUCAGCCUUACCUAUCUAUCUGUGAAUUUAAUGGUACUGUGCCACACAUAUCUUGACAAAAAUUGAGACCAAGUUUCAUCAGGUAAUGUAAACAAAGGAAUCUGUGUGUGUUGGAAAAACCGAUAACAUUCACAAUUUGAUAAAGUUUUAGAAAGAUAUGUGGAUUUGUGUACAGUACCUACUGUUAGAAUCUAUUGUUCAUUUACUGUUAAACUUUGUUUCAUGGUCAGUGAUCGAGAAAAUCUCGAUCAAUGCAAUGGAUCGCAUGAUCUAUGCAGAGAUUCGAGUAUUUUCUUGUGAUAACGUAGAAAAUAUUCUGCAACCAGAUAAGUUAAGGGAAGACUUUUCUGGUUGGAGGCAGUAUUUCUGAAAGAGAAAAGGCAAAUUAUAUAGUUGUUGAAUUAAAUAAUGUCGACCGAUUUCAAUAAGUGUCUAGUUGAAAAGAUUAGUUGCUGCUUUUUGAGUACUCUGUUUUAAAAUAAAUCACAGUAACAUAAAAAAAUAAAACCACACCGCAAUGUACAUUCUUGCAACAAGAAAUGAGCAAUGUUAGUUGGAUAGAAAUUUAUUAGCUUAAAAGCAUUCAUUGCUGUGCUAAAAAUUUGGCUUGCCUGAAUUUGCAAAUAAUGAUCGUCGUGUUAGAGAGAAGAAAAUGGUUCAAAAUUUUAGAUGUUACAAAAAUAUUUGUGAAUGAUCACUACGCACUUACCCUUUCUUUUCACUAUGAAACAACUACUUUUAUAUAAAUUAUAAUUAACCUAGUGUUAUAUUCUACGAUAAUUGAGUGCAUUUUAUAGAACUAAUCUUCAUUAAAUUCGAGCUAAUGUCCUUAUCUAUCAAAAACCAAAAAUUUUUGCUAAAACUGCUGCUCAAUAUUCUAUGUUAUUUGUGAUUUUUACCAACUUAUUACUUCUUAAUUAUUAUAUACACGAAUAAGCUGAUUCUGUGACUUAGUGUACGGUAAUGUAUUUGUAAUAAUGACCAGUAAUUAUUACAGAUUACAGUAAUUAAAUUAAGAUAAUUCAUCGCUUGAGUAGUACCUCAUUGUACUGUAUUUUAUGAGUAGUAAGUUUAGUCUAGAUUGAUACUUUAUUCAUGUUUUAGAUAUCAUAGACGUUUAUUUGAUUUUGACUCCACUAGAAUCAUACCUACUGUCAUUGUAUUUGAAGAAACCUUUGAGGUUUUUAAACCUUCUGAAGUUUUUAAACCUUUAUGAGGUUUUGUAAAAUAUAAUUCUGGCCAUGUGUUGUUAUACAACCUUGCACAUGGCUAGUAUAAUAUUAUUAAUCAAACUCGAUCUAUAUUAUAAUACAAAGCCCAAGGAUUUGUUCUUUGUCAAUUGGAAGAUUCACAAGGAGUACCAUAUUGGAAUGAAUUGAUAUAUCUAUAUAGAAAGCUUCUUAGGAGGUCCUUAAAUAGCAAGCAGCGUUAAUGUUCUAUAGAUGGUGCCAAUCUUGAUUGUUAUCGUCUUAUAUUGAUCCAUGUUUAAAUUUAUCAAAUGAGGAGAUAAUCAGGGUUUAUAGUUUAUGUUUAAGCUUUCGUACUCGAAUUAGUCUUUCUAGAUUAAAUUUGUCUUCCUAGGUGUUUUUUGAAUUUUAUAACAUCGUUUGAUAUAAGAGGCAUGUUUAAGAAAAUUUGAGAGGAUGUAUAGUAAUCAGAACUUAAAACAAUCAAUCAAGCAGCUUGAAAAAUCCAAUUAUGAUUUAUUUCGCGUGAAAACAUUAUAAGAUGGACUAUUAUUUCUCAUGAUAGACUUUUCGAGUAUAAAUUCUUUAUUAUAUUAAUUUCAAUUCUAUAGUCAACCCCAAAUAGAAUAAUUAUUCUAUAGUAAUUCAGUAGACAUCGAAUUAAAAACUACGCAAUAAUCACCCAAAUUAUUAUAAAUAUAUAGUUGAUUUAUGUAGUAUAUAUUUAUAAAAAUAAUAGACAAUUUCUUUCUUCUUUCUCCACCACAUUUCACUAAUUAUUCACUAUCCUCUUUCAUAGACGAGUCUGCUAUCCUUUCUUAGAUGAUAAUUAUUAUCGUAAUCUUAUUUGAACAUGGGAACUCAACCAUUUUAACAAUUCCAUCCUUUAACCUUCAAAUUUUUCAGCUACUUGUACAAGUAAUCUAUACUUGUAAUGUUUGCGUACAACGUAACUUCUAACUCUUGUAUGACAAUGUAUUUACAAUCAGAUAUGUAUAAUAUCGUAUAAUUAUAUGAAACUUUAAUUAAUCAGCUAAAUUAGUACCAUACUCUGUAAUUUAAUUUUGAUUACUUCAUAAUAAAACUAUUAUAUUCAUAUAAA